GGCUUCUUUUCGUCAAGUAUCAUUUAUUCAUAAUUCAUGUAAUUUGUGUACUCCGGAAAAUCUGUAUUGAUAUUUUCCUGUAUAAAAACAAGGACAUUUGAUAAACGGUGGCUAUGGAUGAGCAAAUAAUUGAUUUGGAAGAAAUCGUUGAAAAACAAGCAUGGGAUUUAUAUAUGAGCAGUAGAAAGAAAGGAUUUCCAAAGAAACGAAAAGAAUUGAAUUUAGUAUUUGACUGGUCUGGAGUGUCUUUUGUAACCGAACAACCAACAUAUUCCCAGACAGGAAACCCACAUUUUGAAUCGAACGUUAUAUUUAGGUCCGUCUUCGAAAAUCAAAGUGCUAGUCCGCAGACUCAUUCUCUUAAAGCCGAGCGCCAGACUGUUGCGGAGUGUAAAAGUACCUUGUCAAAGGGCUACACGACAAGUUUAAAUAUGGGACUAGAAAUAGGGGCCCCAGAGGAAAUUGCAAAGGCUUCAAUAGGAUAUUCUAGAGGGUAUGAGGUGGUCAAUGGUAGAGAGACCACUAACCAGAAGACAUUAACAUGGUCAAGUGAAGGGACACUAACUGUCCCUGAACAUUCAAAUUUGACAGCUGAAAUUCAUAUCAAGGAAAAACAGUGUGGAUACACAUUUAAAACUCGUGUCGCCAUACGAGGAACAGUUGUAGUGAAUUUCUACAGCAGAAGAGAUAAUAACAAAUAUUUAAUGGUGUUCACAGGAGAUAUGAAAGAAGUUCUUUUUGAUGAUAAAACUAUACCAGACUUAAAGACAGAGGGAAGAACAGUUUUUAUUGAUAUUGAGGGAAGCUGUGAUUUUAAGUUUGGAAUUGAACAACAGAUUGUUAUAUCGUAGAUGCAUAUCCGUUAUGCAUUUAUAAUUGCAUUCGUUAUGUAUCAAUGUGUUCAGGAAUAUUUUACUUGAUUCUGAGCCAGAGCUCUGUUUUGGAGCCGACAUGCAGUAACUGUUGUAGCCGGACUGUGAUUUUCUGAUGUAUUUUCGUAAUCAGACAUUUAUUUUAUACAAAUAAGUUUUUACAUAUAUAUUAUUACGCUUAUAUUGCUCAGUCUACCCAUAGUACCGUUUUCUAUAUAAAAAUGCAUUUCAAUAGAUUUUA